UCGGGAAUGGAAAAACGAAGGCAGCAAAAGAUACAUGUGCACCGGCCGGCCUGGCUGGUUGACUGUGUCACUUCGUGUUGGGAAGUAUAAGAAGAUUCAUAAGAACAUCAUGAUCAACUUAAUGGAUGUUCUGGAAGUGGACAGUGAAAGACAGGUUGUUCGUGUGGAACCUUUGGUCACCAUGGGCCAGUUGACUGCACACCUGAAUCCCAUGGGCUGGACUAUUCCUGUGGUACCAGAGCUCGAUGAUCUUACAGUAGGUGGCCUGAUCAUGGGAACUGGCAUCGAGUCUUCGUCCCAUAUCUAUGGGCUUUUUCAACAUACCUGCGUGGCCUAUGAACUUGUUCUUGCCGACGGAAGCCUUGUGAGAUGUUCACCAACUGAAAAUUCAGACCUAUUUUAUGCAGUGCCUUGGUCUUGUGGUACUCUGGGUUUCCUGGUUGCAGCAGAAAUAAAAAUGAUUCCUGCCAAGAAAUAUGUCAAAAUACAUUACGAGCCUGUGAGAGGACUGCAGAAGAUUUGUGAAAAGUUCACAGAAGAAUCGAAGAAAAAGGAGAAUAGUUUUGUGGAAGGACUUGUGUAUUCUCUGGAAGAAGCAGUCAUCAUGACAGGAGUCUUGACUGAUGAAGCAGAGCAAAGCAAGAUAAACAGAAUUGGCAACUACUACAAGCCGUGGUUCUUUAAGCAUGUGGAGAAGUAUUUGAAAGCUGACAGGACUGGAGUAGAAUACAUUCCUGCAAGACAUUAUUACCAUAGACAUACACGCAGUAUCUUCUGGGAGCUCCAAGAUAUAAUUCCUUUUGGCAAUAACCCCAUUUUCCGCUACCUGUUUGGCUGGAUGGUUCCUCCAAAAAUCUCUCUGUUAAAACUCACCCAAGGAGAAGCCAUUCGGAAGCUGUACGAGCAACACCAUGUUGUACAGGACAUGUUGGUCCCAAUGAAGAGCCUUGAGAAGUCUAUCCAAACCUUCCAUGUUGACCUUAAUGUGUACCCUCUUUGGUUAUGUCCUUUCAUAUUGCCCAAUAAUCCUGGUAUGGUCCACCCCAAAGGGGAUGAAGCAGAACUCUACGUGGAUAUAGGAGCUUAUGGAGAGCCCAAAAGGAAACAAUUUGAAGCCAGGGCUUCAAUGAGGCAAAUGGAAAAGUUUGUAAGAAGCGUGCAUGGUUUCCAGAUGCUGUAUGCAGAUUGCUACAUGACCCGUGAGGAGUUCUGGGAUAUGUUUGAUGGUUCGUUAUACCACAAGCUGAGGGAGCAGAUGAAUUGCAAGGAUGCCUUUCCAGAAGUGUAUGACAAAAUCUGCAAAGCUGCGAGGCACUGAGCCUGAAUGAUCUAAUCAAGCAAUCAGGGAAAGAUGAAUUUACCUAUAGCUAGUCUAGUAUAUCCUUAAAAAAAAAAAAAAAGCUUUAUUGCUCUCCAAAUAAGCUUAUUCUUGUUGAUGUUUAAAGGUAUGAAUUCCUGCUUUAUAAAUUUAUGUUUAGUAUUUCUUCGUAUGUUUUAAAAAUGAAUUCUCCAAACUCAAAGUGAUUGUUUUUAAGAAAUCUUAAGUGCUAGCCUUUGUACCUAACGUCGUGACAUAGGUGAAUUCACCUAUUUCCAAGCGUAAGAAAAAUAAUUGGAAAGGAUGAAGAAACUGGAGUUACACCAGCUGUAUACUAUAGCUAUAUUUAACAUUACUUUUGAAAAUGGUAAGGAGGGCUCAGAAAUAGGUGCCAAAGCUGAAUGCAUUGUCAGAUUAAUCGUGAUGUUUAAAACAUUUGCCUCCAGUGGGUAACCUGUGGAACAGCUCAGCGAUGGUACCGGAAUCUUCCGGCUGUACGGUGCUGCAGGACGUUGUGUGGUACCGCACUGCUUGGGUUGUACCACACCAUGGUCUCAGCAGGGCAGUUCAGCUCCCCAACGGUGGCUUCCAUUUCAAAACUGAGCAUCGAGGUGUGAAGAAAAUGCUUUUUACUUGUGCCUAUCGGAUUUGUACUGAUUUUGAAGUGUAAGUGGAUGUAGGUUUUAGGUGCUUUUGAAUUGCUUGAAAGUGCAUUGGUUUUCGCCCAAAAAUAUCAGUGUUCUGGCUUUGUAGACUACAGGAAAAAUUGCUGCUAUUUCAUAUAGCCAAGCUUUAAUUUCAGUUUUUUACUCGCUGUGCAUCAUCAUUUGGAUUUUUUUGUUGUUGUUGGGUUUUUUAGGGUGUUUUUGCAUUUCAGUUGUUGCUUAAUUUUAGUGCCUUAUAAAUACUGAGUUGGAGGAAGAUGUGGGUUUUUUCAGACCGUUCUGUCCUGACCAGUAGGAAAAGGAAGUCAAGGCUUUAUUUAUACAAGGUUUGUUAAAGCAGGUGGCUGUGGACAAGAAGAACUCUUCUUGUGAAUCUUGAUACACAGAGGCUUUGGUUCUGACUCGAGGGACAUUUUUGCUUUUCAUUUGAGCUGGAUUAGAUCGAUAGGCUUUGUAAAAGGACUGUUUCAGUCACCUGGAGUGGAAAUCACAACAGUAAAUGUUGUUCACUUUCCCCUUCUGCUGUACACUGGUGAAAACGGCGCAGUCACGCACUUCAUACAGUCAGGUGUAGAAGUGUGGAGGUGUUUUGACCCUGUAGCCAGAAACACAAUUCCAAACCAAGCCCGUCUUGUCCAAGCAGUACUUAAAAUUAUUACUUGAAACCUUACUGAGCUUGAGGGAAAAUAAAAAGUCAUUUUCUUGAGGCUUGUGUAGGGGCUAACACGAUGAACUUUUUUUAAUUGCUACCAGUGGGAGGCAUUGUAAUUUUUAUAUGAGUGCUAAACCAAUGAUUUUAUUUAUUGAUAGAUGGAUGUUUAAGGUCCAGAUGAAACCAAUGAUAAAACAGUGACACGAAUGAGCUUGGGCUGUUACUCAGUGAUGCCCGCUGGGCAAAUUGUGUGCAAAGAAGGUACCCCUUAGAAACCCCGCAGGAUUGGUAGCAGGAGCAGCCUGCCUCGGGGAGACACAGCCACCACAGAGCUGUGUCAGUGAUCCAGGAGUGUCUGCUACACUGUUCUGGGCUUCAAGAUACCUGGGAUGGUGAUUCUCGGGGUGUCACCUGCCCUCCUGAGGGAAGCUGUAGGAGAGCCCUUUCCUUCUCCCUGGGGCAAAGCUACAAUUUAGCCCAGUGCUUGUAAGAUAACCUGCACAGAGCAAGAAUGGUUUGGGUUAGCUUUUAAAGGGCGAUGUUAAAAGAGCUAGAGCAUAUGCAAAUACUUUUACUUAGACCGUGUAUCUCUCACUUAUGUACUGAUGAUCUUUAGGUAUGCACUGUAUUUGGUUUUGUUUGGUUUUUUUUCACUCCUUAAUUUAUUGGCAAACUUUGUAUGAUGUGAUUGGGUACUGUAACUGUAUCAGUCACACGCACACGCAUCAUUGCUGUUGCUCCUUAUUUUUGGUUGUACGGGCUGCUUAAAAUAAAGAUCUAGCCAGCGUACUGUUCAAA